AAUCGGCCUGAGCCGCCUGUGUUAUCGUUUUAAGCGUCGUUGCGUUCCAUGCAAUUUGCGAAAAAGUGUCGGAAAAUUAAUGAAAAAUAUGCCAUUUUCCAUUGCCAACCUGUGAGGGUCGUCGCACGCGAACAAUUGCUAGCCGAAUUAGCAACGAAUUUUCCGCAUAGCCGGCGUUUUUCCGUGCAGCGAAAAACAAGCAAAAGAGAAAAAAGAUAGCCACUUCUUGGCCCGUGUACGUGUGCGUGUGUUUGCGUGUCUUUAAUUGUGUGUGUGUUUGUGCUAGCACUCGCGGUUGUUUGUGUGUGUGUGUGUGUGCGAGUGUGUAUGUGAAGAAAAAGCCGCACACUGCGAAAAUUUUCCUUUCCUUUCCCCAACGGUCGAAUAUAACCGCUAAAAUUGUGGAAAAACAGGAGAAAACCCCCAAGCGGAAGAAGAAGACUGCAGCCAGUAAAAUGUCUGCAGUUUAUUCGCCGCAACCGCCGCAGCAGCAGCCGCAACAGCAGCAGCAACUGCAGCAGCAGCAGCAGCAGCCUCCCCCGCCACAACAACAGCAGCAGCAGCAACAACAAUUGCAGCAACCUCCACCUAACUCCGCGCCCAAUCAACAACCGCCUGGAUCCGGAGUAGGUCCCGGCGGAGGAGGAGGUGGCAUACCAGGCGGCGGUGGCAUCCUGUCCAUGGGCAUGCAGCAGCAGCAGCAACGUCCGCCCAUGGGCGUCCCAGGAUCACCGGGCAGCAUCAUCUCUGGCGGCGGCGGUGGCGGCGGUGUGAUUGGUGGCGGUGGUAUGCCCGGUGGCGGAAUGAUGGUCACACCAACGUCAACACCACGCGGCGGAGCCAAUAUGCAGGGCGGCGGAGGUGGUGGUGUGCCGCAGCAAGUGAAUUCGGCGCAAAUCCAAAAGAUGCUCGACGAGAAUUGCGGCCUCAUCCAGACGAUUCAGGACUUCCAGAGCAUGGGCAAGGCGCAGGAGUGCAUGUCCUAUCACGUUGCGCUGCAUCGCAAUCUGGUCUACCUCGCCCAGUUGGCCGAUCCCGCCAUGAACAUCUCACAAAUACUGCCGCCGCCGCACAUCCUCCAAACGCAAGCGAUGCAGCAGGGUGGCCAGCAGACGCCGCCAACCGGACCGCACGGCAUGCUGGGUGGUCCGCCGCAACAGCAGCAGCAGCCGGGACAGGGUCCAGUGCCGGGACAACCUGGUCAGGGUCCGCCGCAGAUGGGCAUGCAACAGCAUGGCGGCGAUCCGCAGGGACCGCCCGUUCAGAUGCCGCCCUACGGCGCCCAACAGCAGCCGCAGCCACAUCCUGGCCUGCCGCCGGGCGCUCAACAGCAAUCUCAGCAACAGCAGCAGCAGCAACAACAGCAGCAGCAGCAGCAGCAGCAGCAACAACAACAACAGCAGGCAGCAGCAGCGGCGGCAGCAGCAGCAGCGGCAGCUGCCGUAGCAGCCGGCCAACAGCAGGGACCGCAGGUCAGCCAAGCGGGCCCGCAGCAACAGCAGCAGCAGCAGCAUCCCGUCUAUCGGAAUGCCCAGGGUCAAGGACAGCCGGGAGCUGGGCAGGUACCUGGCCAGGGCCAGGGGCCGGUUCAGUCCGUCAUCAAUCCGAAUGCCGCGCCCAAUCAACAGCGUCCUAACAACGGACCCCUCUCCGGACCGCAGAAUCCCCAGCAACAGCAACAGCAGCCGCAACCAGGCGGUCAACAGCCGCCCAACCAACAGCAACAGCAGCAGCAGACCGGUCCCGGCGGACCAGGACCGCAGCCAGGUGCCGGCGGACCAGGUGUACCGCCGCCACAGAGUCCGUAUCGCGUCAGCUAUCAACAGCAACAGCAGCAGCACAGCCACUAUCCAGGCUAUCCGCCACAGCCGCAGACGCAGUACCAGCCGCAGGGCGCCUAUCCCUAUGGACCGCCAACACAGGGCUAUGGGCCACCGCCGCCGGGACCACCAAAUGCCGCUCAAGGUGGCUACCAUCAUGGUCCGGCCGGUGCGGCGACGGGAGCCAGUGGGCAUGGCUAUCAGCCGAAUGCCGGAGCCGGACAAGGACCACCGCCGGGUGCAUAUCCACCGCCGCCCGGUAGCCAGCAAGUUCCACCGGUGCCGGGACAACAGCAACCGCCGCCGGGACCACCGCCACCCGGACAGCCGCCGACUGGUGGCCAGCAGCAACCGCCACCUGGACCGCCGCAAAGUCAAUACGGUCCGCCGCCGCCGCAGAACUCCGCCGGUGGACCGCCUCCGAUGGGCUAUGCGGGCUAUCCGCCGAAUCCGGGACAGUAUGGCCAGGCUGGUGCUGGCGGUGGACCACCGCCCAGUGGCUACUGGCCGCCACCACCACCCACGAGCAGCGCCCAGAGUCCCUAUCAGGCGUAUCAACAGCAGCAGCAGCAGCAAGCGGCCGCUGGUGGCGGAGCAGGUGCACCGCCGGGCAGUAGCUAUCCGGGUGGACCGCCGACUAGCGGGGCAGCGCCACCACCACCGCCGGGCGGAGCGUACAGCACCACGGCGCCCAGUCAGACGCCACCGCCACAGGGAGGCGGCGGAGCAGGCGGUGGCAACAACAAUCCAAACGGACCCAAUGCACAGCAAUCGACGCCGCCGCCGCAGGGCGGAGCUGGUGGCGGAGCGGGGCCCAGCGGACCUGGCGGAGCUGGUCAGCAGUAUGCGGGACCACCGCAACAACAACCGCAGCAGCAACAGCCACCGGGUGUAGUGGUUUCCGGCGUUGCGCCGCUGCCCACGCAAGUCCAGCCCACUUACUCGACGCCUGGCAAUUACAAUCAGCAGCCAGGAGCUCCGCCGCCGCCCAAUCAGCAACAGCAACAACAGCAGCAGCAGCAGCAACAACAACAACAGACACCGCCAUCGGCUGGCGGAUCCGCCGGCGGCGGAGGAGCACCAAAUGCCCAGGGACAGGGCAAUCAGCAACCGCCUCCGAAUGGAGCCACACCGCCGAUGCCACCGAAUCAAUACCAGCCGGCACCGGGCGCACCACAAGGACCAUACGGUGGACCGCCACCACCACAGGCGUAUGGACCACCGCCGCCGGGUAGCGCGUAUCCUGGCCACGCUUACCAUCAGCCACCUCAGGCCGGUGGCUAUGCACAGUAUCCGCCGACGCAGGGCUAUCAGGGCUAUAGGCCCGCCGGCGCACAGAUGCCGCCGCCAGGAGCACCACAGGGUCCACCACCAACCGGCGCAUACGGAUAUUAUAGCCAACAGCCGCCCCAAUGAGGAAGGGACAGCCUAUUACCGCCGCUGCCACCUGGCUGUCUCCACAACAAGUAAUUCUCGACUGAGAUUCGCUGGUUGAAGGUGGAGAGGAGAUUGGGAUCUACAGGCCGAUCAUCGAUGGAGAAGGAGGUGAUGCAGCGCGAGUAAUAGCAUAACUGGACGACAACAAAGGAGCAGACGAAGCAGAUUGCGUUACACUAGGCAUAUGAUUAAGAAUUGUAUCGGCACAGCAGCAUGGAGGAGCAUGAGCAUGAAGGCGGAGGAGAGGACUACGAUUAGAGCUAAGUGUGUGGAAGACGCGGUAGAUGAAGAUGGAUUAUAAGUAGUAGGAUUACGGAUAGAAGACGGACGAGUAAGCAUAAGACUUAAAGUAGGCGAAAAGAACGACGAAUGAGAAAUGAAGACGAGAUGGAAAUUCAGGAUUCCCACAUUCAAGCAGCGAAUUCCUCGAAUUUCGAACUGAACUGUACGAAAGUUGCAGGCAGUUUUUUUUUAAAUUCGGUGAUAAAUAGCAGAAGCAAGUAGCAGGCGAGAAAAUGAACCGGAAAGCGUAGAACUAGAACAAAAGAAUGGAAAGCAAACACGUAGUGAAGAAGCGAUCUAGAACUAAGUAAGCUGAUUAAGAUGCGCAAGCGAACAAGAAAUCGUGUCCUAGGCCCAAAAAAUGCAAAACAAAAUGGAUGGAUCGAUUACUCGGGAUUGCUCAAGUUUUGAGCUUAGUGACGAAUCACUUGCAUGGGCAAUGGGCUGGUGUAGUCUAUAUGGAUUCUAUAGCUAUAUCAAAUACAUGAUGGGUCUUCAAAGAAUUACCCCAGUUUUUUUUGCUUGUAAUUGCUUAUGGAUUACGCCGCCCAUUUCUGGGAAUAUCCAAUCAAUCCAUAGCAAUCGAUCCAUCCUAUUAUACAUAUAUAUAUUUAUAUAUUAUUAAUUCUCUCUUUUAAGUAGGUUCCGCUCCCCUUUGAAAACGAUUAUUCUAAACGAUUUAUACAUAUACAUAUAUUAAUAUACUUAAGUGUAGGGAAGAGGACGAUGGAGCAGCAGAAUAAUAGUGCGUGUUUUAAACCCUAAAUUAAUGACCUAAAUAUUUUAACUAUAUAUAUGUGUAUUUUGUAUUUUUGCGUUUGUCUUUUUGUCUGUCUGUUUUAGUCUGUUAUUUUAAUGUUUGUGCAUUUUUUUUUGUGUAGCAAUUUUACAUUUAAUUAUCCUCGGUAUCCAUUUUCCCGAUUUCUUCCAAAAGUUUAUUUUUUUUGCAGCGAAAGAUUGUAAUUUGUAAAAGCCAAUAUAUAUUUAUACGAUAAGCUUACAUUUACUAUUUAAAGUUAAACUAAAAACUAUAAAUAGCAAGCGCAAAUCAUGAAUAAAUCUUAAAUUUAAAGUUAAACAAAAAGGCGAAUGCAUUGGAAAUUUUGAGCAAACGGAGGACGAGCAGUGUACAGUGAACACUCUCUAUGCCAACGCAGAUACAUAUAAAUGCCAAUAAUCCUAAAACAAGAUUAAUUUUAACUAUAAUUGAAAUUUAAAAUGAAAUACUUUAUGUAAGUGCUGUUAACGAUUAUUACAAUUAUUUGCUUGCACUUUAGAGAGUUUCAAAUUGAUAUCUAAAUUAUUUAUUAAAUAUGCAAAAUUAUGUAAGAUUAGUUAAAAUCUAAAUCUAAGAGCUAAAAAAUUUGGACAACAUUUAACGCAACUCGCUAGCAAGGUAAAAAACAAAAAAAAAAAUUGAAACUGAAAUCGUUACGUAUUUCCAAAAGUUCCACUAGGCACAUAGAAUCUUUCUCGCUCUAAUUAAGAGUCUGGCUAUUUCUGCGCUGCUCUAAUCCGAUCUGAUAUAAUCUGAUUCCAUAUACCGAUUAUUUCAGCAUUCACAUCGAGACAUUUUGAUAUAUGUUUAUCAAAUAGCAUUUAGAAAUUUCUAUUUUCGAAAUGCAAAAUAAAAACAAAAUCGAAAAAGU